AUAUUAUCCAGAAGCAGAAAUAUUUGAAUGAUUUAGUGUAAAAUAGAAUAUAAAAUAGUUGUUGGUGAUUUUUCCUGGUUCAACCCAGUAUCAAGAGUACCUGUGUGCAGCGAAAAAGAUAAUCUUUAUCUUAUCAAAUCCUAAAUGUCGAUGGGAUGCGCGGUGUCGUUAUCAGCGAAAGUUUUUGUGCAAGCUAAUAAUGGAAGCAAAGACAAUGAAAACCGGAUUUCUCCUUCUUGUGUUGAUAUCACUGGCAUCCCAAUCACGUGCCGAGGAGUUUUGCCCCAAUGGAUGUCACUGCCACUACGAUCAUGACUCAGGGGAUUUUUACGUGGACUGUUCUGGAUUGGGACUGACAGAACUGCCUCAAUUCCCUGAAACGAAUGUUCAAAUUCUCGAUCUAUCAGAGAACUUGUUCACGUUCAUCCCUCCGGAAAUAUCUCAAUUCUCAAACCUGCGAUACCUGGAUAUGUCAUCAAAUCUAAUUUCUUCGCUUCCACCUUACUCGCUCGAUGGGCUGCACUCACUCAAGCAACUAAAUCUGGCCAAAAACAACAUAUCGAAUUGGGCAAACCUCUACCCAAAUGAACUGCUCCAGAAAACACCUUUUUUGGAAGAGCUGAGUCUUGCAGAGAACCAGUUUACAAGCUUUUCAAGUAACGAAAUUUCACUGGUCUUAGUAAGUGCAUCAGUUCGGUAUCUCGAUUUGAGCAAUUGUAAAAUUACGAAAGUAUCAGGAAAAGAAGUCAUUCAGGGAUUGAUAAGUUUGGAAACCCUUAAACUGAAUGGAAAUCCGCUGCACGGUAUAUCCGACAUAAAAUCUGACAGUUUGAAAACUUUGGAUCUGAGCAACUGCCGACUCAGCACAUUACAACCAACAGCUCUAAGUGGACUAUCAUCACUAGCCUACGUGAAUUUUGCUAAAAACUAUAAACUUUCACUUUCCACCCAUGGUAACGUUACAUCCAGCAGUUUGAGGCGUGUGAAUCUGUCGAACUGCAACAUGGAUUCUAUAGAACUUGGUGGUUUCCCGAACCUUAUAACAGCGGUUUUACGAGGAAACAUGAUUCGUCAACUGAUGGGAAACAGUUUUAUAGCAAAUCCGCUAUUGGAAAACAUCGAUCUUUCAUCCAACUCGAUCAACUUUGUCCACAGUGAUGCAUUUCGGCAGCUAACGAAUUUGAAAACCCUGGACUUAUCGUUCAAUACAAUACCGCGAAUUGAUGGGCGAACAUUCAAGGACAACGAAAUGCUAACGCAGAUAAACUUGAGCAGAAACUACAUCGCUCGAUUGCAAAGGAUCGUAGCCAGCUCAUUGGCACAUCUCAAUAUGAGUUGGUGCGAAAUUCUGUCUAUAGAUGCCGAUGCUUUAGGAGCUAUGCCUUCACUCAUCGAUCUGGAUUUGUCGCACAACUUGCUUUACGAUGACCCUUGGAACAUAGCCUCCGAAACGUUACAGACUCUGGAUCUUAGCAUGUGUCGCAUAACGGCCAUAAGAAAUACAACAUUCUCACGACUUCCAGCACUGAUGCGAAUCAAUCUGUCCGGAAACAGAUUUACAACGCCUUUUCGAGUGGAUUUCUUCGACAAUAAUCCAUAUCUGAGCGAAAUCUGGCUCGGUGAUAAUCCAUGGCGGUGCGACUGCCGUGACGGCGCAUUUUUGUAUUUCUUCCUGUUCUUAACCGAACCUCCUCGGAGGGUAAAUGACCAAAAACAAUUGCGUUGUACUAGUCCGGAAGACUUCUACGGAGCCACUUGGGAAGCAGCUUGCAGAUCCGUAUGGUACCCACAGGACAUCAUGGGGACGACUGAGAGGAUUUGGACCUACUUCAUGUUGGCCAUUUUGGCGUUCUUUGGCUUCUUCUGUUUGUAUUCGUCCAUAAAACGGUUCGUUGAUUCACGUCGAAAGCUUGCUGCAGAACGAGAACGUCGAGAAAACGUAGAGGAAAUGCGUGAAGUUGCUCGUGAAAAUCAGUUAAGACUACGCCAAGAAGCACAACUGAACGCACCAGAUGCUCGUGAAUCACGACCACCCUGUUACGAGGAUGCCAUCCUACUACCCAAGCUCGAUGCUGCUUCAUUUGCAUCACUUGAUGAGCUGCUUCUGCGCGGUAAACGUAAGAAGAAACGAAGACACCGCCAAUCUACUGGUGAUGAAGGAACCGAUGCUGAUGAUGAAACUGAUCGAAAUGAACUUCAACAGAGCAGUCGCUCCAGAAGCGAAAACGUGCUCUCCGUCAGAGCUGUAGUCUAUCAAGAACCUAACGAUACAUUACAAAGGGAAAACUCUCCGAUCUACCAACGUCCAACCUCCAAUCGUGUGGUAGUUGCAAACGUCCAUGCCUCUCCAACUGAAUCUAGAAACUCGAGAGCUCAACCGACGAACGAUGCCGAGCUGCAUUACCAUUCGACCGAUAUUCUACGAAUGGACAGACCAUCAACAUCUAGCCCCACUUCAUCCCGCUGUGUCUCAGUUUCCGUGCCUCAACCAUCCACCCCUGGACCUAGUUCCAGUAAUCAACAAAUUCAGGAUUUUAAUAAUCGAAGCUACGAAAACAGUCCCUACGCUAAGCGAAAAGUCAAACCACUUCAACACAUAAACCCAAAUGGAAGUAUCGAAGAGAUUACAGAUUUUGAAGGAUAUGAAUCCAGCCCCUACGCAAAACGUCGAAUACAGCACAUGGCCAGUUUCAAGGGUGACCGAGAAAGGCCACCACUUCCCGCUAGACCUCCUCCAUCCAAUGCACAGAAGUUGCUUCAAGACAGUGACGACGAUGAUAAAGCUGAAGCAAUCUGCCUCAAAGUCGUUGACGACUACUUCAAACCAGAACAAGCGAAACCCGAUUUGGAUGAUUAUGCCGUUGUGACAGAGGAUGACGUUAGGACGAAUUUGCUGGAACGCAGGCAAGAACCUAACGCUACGGCAAAUGCGGAUUCAAGUGGUAGCAGUAGUAUUGAAAUAAUUCCCGGCAGAAACGACCGCCAGCAGUGAUGCCCGAAUGUUUACGACAGAUAGUUUACGUUAGUCUAUUUUUAGAAUGUCAGUAACUUAUAUACAUGUUCGAAAUAUACGAAUUUAUUAGUUUGAUUACACUAA